AUGGCCGUUCAAAAUCCUAACAACUGGCACUGGGUUGACAAGAAUUGCAUUGACUGGGCUGCGCAAUGGUGCAAGAGAAAGCUCGUGGGAACCUCUGCGGGCUCCUCACCUAAGGUUACCGUGGUCGGGCUGAAAAAACUCGAAGGAGACGUGGAGGUCUGCCAGCGCAAGGGCAAGAUUUUUUCCAUAUAUGACCUGAAGCUGGAGCUUUCCUUUGAGAGCGACAACUCGGAGAAAUCCAAGGGCACCAUUAGCGUUCCUGAGCUAGCCUAUGACACUGAACACGAUGACUUCCAAUUUGAUAUCACCUUUGACAAGCCAACGGGCUCCAACGAGGAGGAUUCCAUUCGCUCCUUGAUCCGCUCAAAGCUAGUGGAGGAACUCAGAAAGAAGCUCUCUAUUUUCACCAACGACCUGAUCAGUGAGAAUGCUUCUGACAUCCAGGUGGACAGGUCUCAGGUGAAUUCCACUUACACCGCAGCUAACCAAGAAAAGACACUGACCAAGACUGUGGUGAAGGAAAGCACGACCUUCAACAAGGGCAAUUCCGUGCAAACUUCAAAGACAGCAACCAAGGCUACAUCAGCUGAGUCGUCCCGUGUGCCAAAAUACAACACGUCCGACCUUAAUUUCUCUACCACCUUCAAUACCUCGGCAGAGCAACUAUACCUUACUCUUUUGGUUCCUGAGAGAGUUGCCGCCUGGACUCGCUCUGCUCCACAAAUCGAACCAAAGGUGGGCAGCGAGUUUCAGCUGUUUGGUGGCAAUAUCCAGGGCAAAAUUCUAGAAUUGCAAGAGAAUAAGAAAAUCAAGAUGCUUUGGAGGCUACGGGAUUGGAAAGAAGGUCACUACACAGAACUGGAACUGACCUUCAAUGAAGGAGCAGGCGAGACAGAAAUGGCUGUUAGCUUCAAGGGCGUCCCAAUUGGGGACGAGGAGUUGGUGCGCAACAACUUUGAUAACUACUACAUCACCUCGAUAAAAGUCACUUUUGGUUUUGGUGCAGUUCUAUAA